GGGUAAAAUCGAACACGUACUGGCAACACUGCCUUUUUUGUGUUUCGGUUUUGUGCCUAUAAAACAGUUUGUUUAGUUUAUUUAGAUAGUUUUAGUUGUUUUGAAAUGUAUUUGAGUUUAAACUUUACUUUUUCACUUCAAUGACACUUAAAAGUGUUGUAAGAAUGAUUGAAAACAAGCUAAAAGACUAUAGUAUUGACGGUUCAUAGAAAAAACAUCAUUGUUUAUGUUUGCUCUACAGUUGUGAGAAAUGCACUGGGUCAGAAUAAUUUCGAUUCUAAUUCUAAAUCAGCGAGCAGUGGGCGUGAAAUACCACAAUAAGCAAGUUAAGUAAGGUUUCCGUUAAGUUUGUGAUGUUUAAGUUGUGAAGCUUUGUAUAGUGCAUUUUGUUGAUGAACGAAAAUGGAUGGAUCCCCUGAAGAGCUGAAUUUAGUCGAAUUUAACAUCAUCGAUAACAUUAUCGGAUCGGCGGUGGAUGAUUUGAUGCUAAAAGAUAACACCGAUGUACACCAGUACGACUACAAUGCGCUUGCUAGCCUGCUCCUACCACUGUGCCGUUUCUGUGCCCGUGAAAAUGCCCAAAUGGUACACAUAUCGGAUGUUCACCUGCAGAUAAUAAAUGAUUUGCGAAUACCGGAAGCGCACGGUACAAACGUAUGCACCAACAUUUGUAGCAGUUGCAAUGGUUUCCUGGAGGAAUUUUGCAAGUUUCGCUCCGUUUGUGAAGAAGGACAAAAGCGCAUUGCAACUCUGCUGGCAGAACGGCAGCACGGUAUGGCGAGUUUUGUGGAUGUCAAGCUGGAUUUCACUGUAGCGAGAAAAGACUUACUUCCAGCAACUGUGAUGGAUGAACCGGCUACUGCAAAGAUGCUGAACUCUAUACAAACUGUUGAGCCUGGGUUGAUGGAGUUGGCGGAACGUGAAUGUCCCAAUUAUACGGAAAAUAUUUUAAUUCUAGCACCAAUUUCACCUGCUGUACAACCCCAAAACAGUUCUCAACCGGCAGAGGAAACGCAUUUAAUGGAACAGAAGAUUGUAUUUGAUUCAAGCCAAUCAGACACCUGCCAAUAUGUGACGCACUCGUUGGAAGAGUGUAAUUUUAUUCCACAAUACGAACAGCAAAGCUUUAAAAGCUUCAUAGAAAAUAUGAAACAUGCCAAUGAUGUUGUAGAAUCACCUUCAGAGAACAAAGCUUUAUCUCAAGUGGAUGAAGCGGAAGUGAAAGACUCCAAAAAGCCGGAAGCCCGAAGACGCGUUGUGGACGGACGGUUGCAGUGGGUGUGUCUAGACUGCGAGCAAGUGUUUGGUAGCUGUUUUCAGCUAAAGAAACAUCGACGAAGCUGCGAGUUGGUGGGAAGCAAAACAUCAAAACGAAUCGCAACAUUAGUCUGUGAUAUUUGUGGCGAAACCAUGUCCACCGAAUCAGCUCUUACCAUGCACAGGCGUAAACAUGAGGCAAAAACAAAUGGACCGACGAUAAAGUCGGCUUCGGCUGUAAAACUGGAACUAACCGUGUGUCACGUGUGUGGCCACACUAGCAAAUCGCGGCGAGCACUACGAUUGCAUCUAAUUACUCAUAGCAGUGAUAAGAACGUGGAGUGCCCGAUUUGUGGUAAACGGUUCAAGCGUAGGCGGGAUCUGCGCAACCACCUCGAUGUACAUUCCGGCCGGAAGCACGAAUGUGAUGCAUGUGGUAAAAAGUUUUUAACCAAAGCGACACUACGUAACCAUGCUAAAACGCAUCGUGACAGUUACCUCAAGCACGAGUGUACCGUAUGCGCACGGCAGUUUGUCCAUGCGCACCAGCUACAGAAGCACAUGGUAAUCCACACGAACGAGUACCCUUAUGUGUGUGAAAUUUGCAAAGCAGUGUUCCGCACGUUGGGACGCUUUAAGCGCCACAUACAGAAAGGGCACACAUUGCCGACUAGCAAUAUGAACGUUAUUGAACAGACCGCGCUUAACAGCUGGGACGAUCUGAUAGAGUACCAACCGGAGGUAGUUCCGUGCGAAACGUUAGAUGAAACCGUGUCGGAAGAAAUGUUGCACCGGGUCGAUCCUGUCUGCGAUACGGGUUUGCCCGAGAUAUUUGAUAGCUUCGGUACGGAUCCGAUACUCGAUCAAGGUUCACCACAGUUUGCCGUACAAGGUUUUCCCGAUGGUAGUGACCGUGAUGACGAUGGGUUUUAUUACUGUUACGAAUCAACAUUUCUCGGUACUUCUGUGGCGGUAAUUAAUCGAUGACAGUGUUUGCCGGAUUUUACGUGAUUUUUAACGGGAGAAAUAAUUUUCUACCCCGGACUCGUUUGAUAGCAUUUUUAACGAAAUUGUAUUGUGAAUAAAACGAUAAAAAAGAA